AUGCAGGAGGCUUACCUGAUGCCCUCCAGCCCGGCCGGAGGUCGUCGGACCAGCGCCGACUACCGCCCUAGUAUCAAGAAAGCUCAGGGUCAUGUCCCCGCCUGCUUGGUCAAUGCCUCGGUGACGUACUGCAACAAUGAUCGCAUCUACGCCUUUGGAGGCUUCGACCAGUACACCGACGAAGUCUACAACCACGUGCUGAGGCUAGACCUCGAGACGUUGCAGUGGGAACUCGUCGACAACUAUGGCGACAUCCCUGGAGUGCGCAUGGGACAUACCGCGACGCUAUACCAGGGUGAUAAACUGAUUGUGUUCGGCGGCGAAAACGAGCAUCGCGAUUACCUAUCCGACGUCGUCAUCCUUGACCUCAAUACCUUCACCUGGACACUGCCUGAGAUCCGGGGAUCGGUUCCGCGCGGCAGAGCACGCCAUGCCGCAGUGAUUCAUGAGGACAAACUCUUCAUCGUAGGGGGAGUGACAGGCGAGAAAAACGAUAUACUGGACGACUUGACAUACUUGGAUCUGCAAACCUGGACUUGGUCUCGAACAUGGAGCUUUACCGCCCGGUUUGAUCAUACAGCCUGGGUCUGGGGCACACGCCUCUGGAUCUUCGGUGGACUAGGCCCCAACAUGGAACGGACGACUGAUAUUUGGUGGCUCGACCUGAAAGGGUCCCCAUCGCUAGCCGGAAACCUCACUCCCCAAGGUAGCGUCGACUCCCUGGAUGUCAAUCUAUCCUCCACUCAUCUCCCAGACUCCGUAUCUAGUAGCCCCCAUCAAAUGUCACCCCGAUCCGGGACCUAUGCCGCAAACUCGGGAAGUGUCCAGGUGCGCAAUCUAAGUCGCCGGAAGCAACUUGCCCCUGGUGCAAUCUCAUGUCUUCGCUUCAAUUCCGGUCCCCAGGUCCCCUCCCUCUUCUCAGGCACACAUUUCCACUCCUUUGCAUCCGGUGUCUUGCUGGAUCUUAUCACACCAUCCGAGACCGUAAGGUCGCAUGAUUGUAAUCUCUCGGCCUUGGAACUCAACUCACUUCGGUGGCAACGGAUGGCUGAUGGGCAAGAGAUCUUCCGGCCCGGCUACCGAUGGCAUUACUGCACAGUCAACGACACAGGAACGAAAGCUUGGCUCCUGGGGUGUAGUCUCAGUGUCACGGAUAUCCCGGGUGGCGGCGAUGACAAUCACAUGAGCGAAGUCCUCACCAUCGAUCUAGAAAAAUACGGCCUGUCGGUUGAAACCCCCGCGCAGGAUUCCACCUGGCCAUAUGAUCAAACAGGCCCGUCUCAAACAUCCGGGCUGGGGGCUGAUCUAGCGGCUGUUUUCGACCAACCCGAGUCGACCAGUGGUACGGAUUUCAUCAUAACCGCAAUUCGUGAUGAUCACGAAGGCUCAGUCGUGGACGAUGCGGGUGACAUGCCGGAUGUCUCUCAAUCUGAGACCAAGCCAACCUUUGUGGAACCAAGCCCUUGGACCUCCGAGCCCAUCCAUGUCCAUCGGAUUAUCUUGCAGCUGCGGUGGCCACAUUUCAAGCGCCUGUACUCGGCCCAGAUGGCCGAAUACCACACCAAACGGAUGCACAUUCCCGAACCUUACUCUGUCGUACGCGCAUUUCUUUACUAUCUAUACACAGAUAGUAUAUUCGGGCCUCCGGACUGCUCCGCGAGCGUCAUCGAUGUCGCAGGUAUGCUUGUCAUGGCUAAUCUCUACGACCUGCCGAAGCUUCGGUUACUGUGUGUCAAUCGACUGAGCCGAGAGCUCGACGUAGACAAUGCGGCCAUAGUGUGGGAGCGCGCCGGUCGAACCAAUGAGCACUGGCUCAUGCGCCGAGCCGCACAAUUCUGCUUGAGCUAUUGGGGUCGUGUGGUUCGUACAGAUGGCUUCAAGUCUCUGAGCCACCAGAGUUUGAUCCAGCUCUGCGAAGUAGUGGAUACUGAAGGUCGCAUCAUCGCAGGGCCUGAGUUAGAAAUGGUCACGUUGGGGAAUGACUUAGGGGACCGAGACAAGGGAUCUCGACUGCGUCUAGGCUCGACUACGGACGAGAUGUCUGAGUUGGAGGCAGACGACGAAGGUAUGGAAAUUUCAUGA